CCGGCACCGGGACCGGCACCGGGAACGGCACCGGGAACGGGACCGGGAACGGGACCGGCACCGCCGCCCUCCCGCUCCCCACCCCGGGCUCCCCCGGGGCACCGGGUACUGGGCACCGGUUCUGGGGGUGCCCCCGUGCCCCGUGGGGAGCCGCCGGUACCGGGGCUGCACAGAGCCAGGGCCAUGGUUCUGUGCCUGCCAGCAACCGGGAGGGGAUUUUGGGGAGAUUUGGUAGGGUUUGGUGGGAGACACGAGGAACCGGGUGAAGCACGAGCACCGUGCCGUUGUGCUCACGGGGAUGUGGGUGAUGGGUACAAGGUGUGGGGUGAACCCCCGGGCAGCUGGUGCCGGUGUGGGGACAGACGAAGCGUUAACACCGGCAGCGUGCACGCGCGGCAGCGAGGCCGAGGCCGGUCGUGCCUCUCGCCAUCCCGUUGUUUGCCUUGGCUCUGUGACGGGAGUUAUAAAUAAAAAUGUCUCACCCCGGGUGCGUGACUCACGGCUCUCCCCGCAAGGGUAACCUCUGCUAGGAAACCUGAGCCGGGGACCGAGCCGCAGCAAGAAGCAAUUCACGUAUUUUCAUGUAUUUAUCCCAAAUGGUAACCCCCUGCCCCACCGGGGUUAGGGUGGGCUGCUGGGGACUGCGGUGCCUGCGCCCCUCCGCACCCUGUCCCCUGCCAGCUGCCAGCAGCCCGGUGGUUUCCCUCGGACGGGAGCAGCUGACGUGGCCUGGGGUGGCUCUGGCCAGCCAUGCCCCGAUGUCGCCUCCUGCCACGCUCCGGGAUGCAGGCAGUGGGAUGCAGGCAGUGGGAUGCAGGGAGCGGGAUUCUGGCCCCACAGGAUGUCCGCGGGGUGAGGGGUGCAGCCCUGCUGCCCUCCUUCCGUCCCCGUCCCCUGCCCGUGGCAUCCCUGUGCUGGUGACUCCAGCAGGGCUUUGGGAUCUGGGCUGGCGCUCAUCCCUGCUGUGCUCUGCUCGGCGCCGUCUGGCGCCGCGGGGCUGAGGGGAUGGGUUGUGGCUGCUGGUGUCACCUCAUCCUGCUGAUGCGAGUGGAAUGUGGGGACCGGGAUGUGCCGGAGGAGGCGUCGCCCCUUGCUGUGCCAGCUCCACACGCUGAGAGGCUCUGCUGCCUCCGCCAUCCCUCCACCAUCCCUGCCCCAUGUGGAGGCUGGGGCCGCAGUGCCUCUCCUGGGGACACCCAUGCCCUGGCUGUGCCACUCUGUGUCCCUUGGCCUUGCUCUACCAGGCCAUCGUGCGCACAAUGCCCAGGUACCACAUCCUCCUGCUGUGCUGGCGCCGUGGGGAGAGGGGAUGCUCGGUGCCCCACAGUUUAUCCCAGGGGUAGGGAGCAGGGGAGGUGACGGCUGGGUGACAGCUGGCUGGGGGAUUUGCCGAGGGCAUUAUUUAAUGCUGUGGGUAAAUGGAGAAACAGCAGCUAAUUCUGGAGCCUGUAAUCCUCUUCCUCCCCCAGGGAUGGGGAGCGUGCCAGUCACGCAGAUGCUGGUGGCCCUGAGGACAAGGCCCCGGCAUCCCCCAAGGCGUGCCGCGGGCUGCAGCCGCUCCCAGACCAUGGGCGAGGUGCAGAAGCGACCCGGCACCCCGCAGGGCUCCCCCAGCCCCCCGCACCCCCAGGGGCUGCUCUCCGUCAUCCAGAGGCUGCGGGGCUCCCCGGGGCAGGAGCUCCGCAUCGUCCUGCUGGGGCUGGACAACGCGGGCAAGACCACGCUGUUGAAACGCCUGGCGUCCGAGGAGGUCACCACCAUCACCCCCACCCAGGGGUUCAACAUCAAGAGCGUCCACUCGCACGGCUUCAAGCUGAACGUCUGGGACAUCGGGGGGCAGCGCUCCGUCCGCCCCUACUGGAGGAAGUACCUGGGCAGCACUGACCUGCUGAUUUAUGUCAUUGACAGCGCAGACCAGAAGCGCUUUGAGGAGACAGGGCAGGAGCUGGCCGAGCUCACCGAGGAUGAGUCUCUCACGGGGGUCCCGCUGCUGGUGUUUGCCAACAAGCAGGACCUGGUGACGGCAGCGCCUGCGGCCGAAAUCGCGGAAGGGCUGAGCCUCCACACCUACCGGGACCGGGAAUGGCAGAUCCAGGCCUGCUCAGCCCUGUCCGGGGAAGGAGUGCAGGAUGGGAUGAACUGGAUUUCCAGCCAGAUUAUGAACAGGAAGAAGUGAGAGCUGUGAAGUGCCAGACUGGACUGAGCUGCGGGUCCCUAAGCCAUGGCCAACCGCCCUGGUCCCCAUGCUCCUACCAAAGGCUUGACUGGGCCCUGAGCCUCAAACUCUCGCUCAGAUGGGUUUUCCACCUGGU